CAACGCACUCUUGUUUUUGCCGGCAACUCCUUACGAUGGUGCACUAUCGUAGUACUCGCGGCGGCGUCCGCGGCCUUAGCUUUGAGCAGGCGGUGCUGACGGGCUUGGCUUCCGACCGUGGCCUGCUGAUACCCGAAGCUGACGAGUUCCCUACGCUUCCAGCUGAUGCGCUGGAGAAGUGGGCGUCUCUUUCGUACCAGGAAUUGGCCGUGGAGGUCAUGCGCCUUUUCAUUGACGAAAGCGAGAUCUCGCGUGACCAGCUGCGUGAGCUUGUGACCAAGAGUUACAACGCGACCACGUUCCGCUCCGAUGAGGUGGCGCCGGUGGUCAAGGUGACGGAUCAAAUGCUGGUGCUUGAGCUCUUCCAUGGCCCCACGUUUGCCUUUAAGGAUAUCGCUCUCCAGUUUCUAGGCAACCUUUUCGAGUUUUUCUUAAAGCGCAAGAACGAGGCGCUGCCUUCUGACGCUCCUAAACACCAGAUCACAGUCGUGGGCGCCACCUCAGGCGACACCGGUAGCUCGGCCAUAUACGGUCUCCGCGGCAAGGAGAACGUCGAGGUGUUCAUCCUCUUCCCCGAGGGUCGUGUGAGCGCCAUUCAGCAGCGACAGAUGACUACUGUAUUGGACCAGAACAUCCACAACGUGGCUGUGAAGGGCACGUUCGACGACUGCCAGGCUAUCGUCAAGGACCUUUUUGCCAACGCUGACUUCAAGGCCAAGUACAACCUAGGUGCCGUCAACUCGAUUAACUUUGCGCGUAUCUUGGCGCAGAUCGUGUACUACGUCUGGGCCUACUUCCGUGCUCACGACGAGGGUGUUAGCGGCGAGGUUGCCUUCUCCGUCCCAACAGGCAACUUCGGUGACAUCCUUGCCGGUUUCUACGCCAAGAAGCUCGGUGUUCCCAUUGGCAAGCUGAUUGUGGCUACCAACGAGAACGAUAUCCUGCACCGCUUUUUCUCCACAGGAAAAUACCACCGCCGCGACAUCGAGCACACGAUUUCCCCGUCCAUGGACAUUUGCGUGUCGAGUAACUUUGAACGUUAUCUCUUCGCUCUGUCCGGCGAGAACCACGACAUUCUACGCGGCUGGAUGCAGGCUUUCGAGCAGACUAAUGAGCUCACGAUCUCGGGCGAGCUGCUCUCCAAGGCACAAGACGAGAUGGCAUCGUAUGCGGUGCUUCAGGAGCAGGUGCGCUCCACUAUUGCGGAGUACAAAACGAUGCAUCAGUACCUCUUCGACCCGCACAGCGCUAUUGGCGCAGCAGCUGCCAUGCACUUUGUCCAGGAUAACCUUGCAGACAAGCCAAACUCGGCGGUAGUUGUAGUCGGCACUGCCCACUACGGCAAGUUCCUCCCCGUGGUGUCGAAGGCACUAGGUGUCGCUGAGUCAGAGAUUGAGCAACACCCGAUCCUCAAGGCGCUGGAAUCACUGCCCACCCGGCUUUCCGUUGCCAGCAACUCGAGUGAAACUGUGGCUGAGCAUAUUCGCAAGAUUAUUGCUGAGAAGAACGACGAAGCCUGUAGUGAUUGAUACUUCAGGUAGCGAGUUUACAUUCAAGAAUGAAUUUUCACUUCGCAAACUUGCUGGA